UAAAACACAAUACAACUGCUUUUGCCAUUUAACUGGCUCUGAACACAGAGGGUGUUUGUGCUGAGCCAGAAAGACAAGUUUGUGCGCACACAGUCAUCGGGGAAAGCAAUCAAACUCCCCGUAGGUCUAUUUUCUCGAUAGUUGGCUAAGAACGGUGCAUUCCCUACAGUAGAGUUGCUGGACUAUAUAUUGGUAUUGUGAGCCAUUUCUGCGACUAAAAAUAAUUUUUUCCUUGAUGUCUACAGUGUAUUAUCAAUGAUAUUUUCCAAACUGGAAAACAGGCCAGGGGGAUGUGAUGGAGUGUUUGUAUCACCUGUAGUUUCCAGUGGGUUCAGGGUGUUUACUGCAGUGGCUCUGGAGGGUGAGCUGUGGGGGUGUGGGGUGUGUGCUUGGGCUAUGUUGCUGUUCACGCAGUUGCAGAUUUGAUUGCACCACAUCGGGACUACCUGUUUGUCAGAGCAGCCCAUCGGGACUAUUUGGAGCAGUCUGCUUUCGGGUCUCGUUCCUCUCCAGGGCUAUGGUCCAGAUUGGCGUGCAACUGGCUCUGGAUUUGAGCAGGGAACCAAGGGUGACUGUCAGGGCUCAGCUGGGGUUUUGUAUCCAAAGGUAUGGACAAGGCUCAUCCUCACCAUGCUGCUGUGAAGGAGGUUGUUACCUCUGCUUUAGAGGUGUGGAAAUUAGGACAUUGCGGGGAGGUCUCAGGAUCACAAGCACAAGCGUUUUUUCUCAGGCGUCAGGAAUGUCUUCUGAGCCCGCUCCCUCCGCCUCACAGCAGUCCUCCGCCUCUCCACCCUCACCCGGUUCUCUCCAUCUGCCUGAGAACCGCAGGGCCAGAGACCGCUCCCCAUCGCCCAUGAGAGGGUAUCUCAUCCCCAGCCCGCUGCCCACCCGGCGGACCAGGACGUUUUCAGCAACUGUGAGAGCAUCGGAGGGUCCCAUCUACAAAGGCGUCUGUAAAUGCUUCUGUCGCUCCAAAGGCCACGGCUUCAUUACCCCUGCGGAUGGGGGGGCUGACAUCUUCGUACACAUCUCUGAUAUCGAAGGCGAGUACGUUCCUGUGGCAGGCGACGAGGUCACCUACAAGAUGUGCACCAUCCCUCCGAAGAACGAGAAGCUGCAGGCGGUGGAGGUGGUGAUCACCCACCUGGCUCCGGGGACCAAGCACGAGACCUGGUCGGGGCACGUGGUCAGUUCCUGAGGUGUCCCCGCGGUGCCACCUGCGCCGUCACUGCUCAACAACCGCCUGCAGGGACCUGUCCUAAGAGUAUUUUAUGUGUUGUGCGGGAGGAAAUACUGCAUUGUCAAUAAAGCAGAAGCAGGCCAAAAUUACCAUUUUUACAGCUGGCCUGAAUGGAAAAAAAAAAAAGGCAAUUCAAAUGCUAAUGAAAAAAAAAUCUAGCGUAACGUCUUUACCAAAACCGUAUUUUAAAGAGACCUUGUUUGUGUGCUUGGUGAAGGGGGGGAAGGUUUGGUUUUUCUUUUAUGUUGUGAACUGAUUUCAGCAGAUGCCCAGGGGAGCUGGGACGAGGUUGGAGGGGGAGAGCGAGCUGUUCCAGCGCAGACAGCCGCGGCGGCCGCACGGCGCCCAGCCCCGGAGCUGUUCCUGGAGCUGCUCUCUGCAAGGGCUGGAGCACGUUAUUGCCGAUAACAGCGCCUGAUGCCGCGGCUUGUGAGAGAGAGGAGCGCGGUGCUGCCAUUUGUUUUCCUCGUGGAAGGAAGUUCACAAACGGAGCAGCUGCUGCAGGGUGGACAAUCUCCCUCUGGUGCUCAUGCUCCGAUGGCCACGGCUGGGUGCCCUCCUCUGCACUGUUUGCUAACGGCGUGUCUGCAUGUGGGUGGAGCAUUGUGGUUUUAAAGCCUCGGUUGUUUGUGAAUUUACUUAGGUGCCUUGAUGGUUGAUUAGCAACAGAUUUUAUAGGCCAGUAUUAAAAUAAGAAAAAAAGGAAAACAACCCAAAACUAAAAAAAAAAAAAAGCCUCAAGGUAAGUGGUAUAAAGCUGUAAAGUAGUAGAUAUUUCAUAGCCUCUGACCGUGUCUGAAUUUAGACAAAGCUGAAGAUUGCCUUCUUGAUUGCAUAUAGCUGAAUGUCUGCUGUGGUGUUUCACUGGGCAGGCAGAAUACCUGUACUUCCGAAAUGCACGUUUUAUGCUGUUCAGAUGAGCGUAUGUAAAAUACUGUGCGGGUUACUUAACAGGCUCAGCUGCCUGAUUCUGCAGCUGUUUCCCUGGACAACUUGCUUGGUAGCAUGUGAUGUGGUCACCCGUGCCCUGGCUCUGCAAGAUUUCUUGUAGCUGUAGUGCAACUGAAUUAGUUCUGUACCUAUUGGCCUUUCACUUUUUUUUUUUAAUUGAAGUGUUUUUUUUCUCUGUUAUGUUCCUAACAGUGGAUUUUAAUUGACUUUGCAAAUAAAAAAAAAAAAAUAAGGCAUGA